CUUUUUCUUACCAAGAGAUUUUCUGUGGGUUAAAAAAAAUAUGAAAUUAUGAAAAGAAGACCUAGUGGUUUAACUUAACCUAAUUAGUGAAUAUAGGUAUUGUAAUUUAGGCAUCCUUUAUUCUUUAACAUAGAUUUAGGAUCAAAACAAAAAAAAUAAAAAAAGGUUAGAAAAGAAAGAAAAAAUAGCUCGUUGGCAAAGUCAAUCUGAGACAUGACACGUGGCUCGCCUAUCAUGGACGUGGCUUUCCUUAAAUAUGAUCACGUGUAAUUAGUUAUGAUAUGUUUUUAACGUUUCUUUCCCCCAGAUCUUCUCAACUCUCGAACAAAGACAAAAUCUGACAUUCAUAUCUCGUAACAUUUUGUUUCUGAUUCUCCAAAAACAAAAAAAAAUUGUAGCAACAAAUUUGAAAUUAAUUAUGGGACGAAUGAAGGAUUUAAUGGUGAUAGAAGGAAGUGAUACUUAUGAAGUAGCAAGUAAUUGGUGGAAUAAGAUUAUGGAAACCCAAAAAGAUCCUAAAAAUGGUGUUUAUUAUUAUAUCCUUUGUGCUUCUUACGCUUUGGUAGCCAUGGUUGCUUUGGUGCAACUUGUUAGAAUACAAAUGAGAGUACCAGAAUAUGGAUGGACAACACAAAAGGCCUUCCACUUGAUGAAUUUUGUAGUAAAUGGGUUGAGAGCCAUUCUUUUCGGAUCGUACAAGAAAGUUUUUCGGAUUAGGCCCCAUGUCUUUGAAAUAAUACUCCUCGAUCUUCCGGGACUACUCUUCUUUUCCACUUACACAAUGCUCGUGUUGUUUUGGGCCGAGAUUUAUCACCAGGCUAGAAGCCUUCCAACUGACAGACUUAGACCAGCAUAUUACAUUGUAAAUGUGGUUGUAUAUAUCGUUCAGUUAAUCAUCUGGAUUUGUAUGAGGCUCAGCAAAGGUCAUGCAGCUCUUGAGGCGGCAAAACUCUUUUUUUCUGUUAUUUCAUUAAGUGCAGCUUUCGGAUUCUUAAUAUAUGGUGGAAGAUUGUUCUUUAUGCUUAAGCGCUUUCCAAUCGAAUCUGUAGGACGCCAAAAGAAGCUCCAUGAAGUUGGAGUUAUAACCACAAUAUGCUGUACAUGUUUCCUAGUUGGAUGCAUUGUGGCAGCUAUAUCUGCCUUUGAUGAUGAUUUUGAUGUUGAUGUCCUCGACCAUCCUCUUGGAAAUCUUCUUUAUUACAUGGUGGUUGAGAUCCUUCCUUCAGCUUUAGUGCUCUUUGUACUUCGGAAGCUACCGUCGAGACGUAUUUCCGAUCAGUAUCAAGCCAUCCAAUGAAGCAGACAAAUUUUCUUGUUGGGUGCAAUGAUCGGGAUUAUCGAGUCUGGCAGGAUAUACAUGUAGUUAUUGAAAGCCAAAGUCUAAUUUGCAUUUUCUUCUCCUCUAUGAAACAGGGUUUAUGUAAAGUGCUUCAUAGUUUUUUGCUCUGGCUUGGUAAUGGACUAUUGGCAACACAAGAUAUUAUGUUAAAUAAGUUUUCCUUGCUACAGAAAAUAAAAUUUUCAGGACAUGGUGAACGUCAGUUUUUGGAUAAGGCUCCAAUUUGGACUAGAAGCAGCAAGGUCCGCAACAAAAGCGAAGCGAGCACCGCCCCGGCAUCCUGAUCAAAGGCCGUUAGAAAAGAAGUGUAUCUAAAUUAUUUCCUAUGAAGUAUAUAUUGUAUAUAGUUAAUUACGCUAUUAUCUUGGGUUGUGGACGUCGAAUCAACAGCCUUAUAUAAAGGGGCUAUGGAUGUCAACUAACUUUUCUGGUAUAGUUAUUUGGGAUCUAGGAAUAACAUCCACAACCUCGGAUAGUCUUUGCAACACCGUAUACACCGAACAAUGUAUUAUACUUGAGGUCUAAAGAGACUAGUUUCAAUUCUGAA